CCGUUUCGGAGCGUAUGGGCACGAAGUUGAGCGUAUAUAGCGCGCAGGUUUAUGUCCGAGACCAGAUUCCACUGACGCGACAGCUGCCUCAGCGGGACAUAAAACAUGCAAACCCUAAGAGAGAGUUUCUCCAGCGGUGCUCCGAAACUCAAACAGGGAAUUAACGCGACGGGUGUAUUUCUCCACUGAGCGCACGGUCAUCCAAAAUCCGUGAAGAUGCCUUCGGGUCUACCUUCGUCUCAAGCCCUCUAUAUAGGGAUGGAAGUGGUGAUCGCCAUGUCCUCGGUCAUCGGUAACGUGAUGGUUGUCUGGGCUGUGCGUAUCAACCGGUCCCUGAGAGAGACCACGUUUUGUUUCAUCGUCUCCCUGGCCUUGGCUGACAUUGCGGUCGGCGCUCUUGUCAUCCCCCUCGCCAUAACCAUCAGCAUCGGACUCCAGACGCACUUCUACAGCUGCCUGAUGGUCGCCUGCACCGUGCUUGUCCUGACGCAAAGUUCAAUCCUGGCGCUGCUGGCCAUCGCCAUUGACCGCUACCUGAGAGUCAAAAUACCCAUGAGCUACAAGCGGGUGGUGACCCCACGGCGAGCCGGCACGGCUGUGGUGGUUUGUUGGCUGGUGUCCAUCGUCGUGGGCCUCACGCCCAUGUUGGGCUGGAAUAACCUGCAACGUCUCCGUGACAAUGGCUCACUGGUGACUGAAGACCUCCUGGUGACCUGCCAGUUUGAGAACGUCAUCAGCAUGGAGUACAUGGUCUACUUCAACUUCUUCGGCUGGGUGCUGCCGCCUCUGGUCCUCAUGUUGGUCAUCUAUGCAGAGAUCUUCUACAUGAUUCACAAGCAGCUCAACAAGAAGGUGACAGCCAGCCACACAGACCCCAGCCGAUACUUUGGCAAGGAGCUCAAGCUAGCCAAGUCGCUAGCACUGGUUCUCUUCCUCUUCGCAGUCAGCUGGCUUCCUCUUCACAUCCUCAACUGCAUCACCCUCUUCUGCCCUACCUGUGAAAAACCCAUGUACCUCAUUUACAUCGCCAUCCUCCUCACCCAUGGCAACUCAGCUGUCAAUCCCAUUGUUUACGCUUUCCGCAUCAAAAAGUUUCGCACAGCAUUCCGGAAAAUCUGGGAACACUACGUGCUUUGUCACGAUCCAGUUGGUCGGCUUCCUCAAAGAGGAAGUCAGAGAGGACAAAGUCAUGAGAGGAGGCUGAGGCAGAAUGAUGAUGAUGACGAUGAUGUGUGAUGUUUGCAACUGACUGGACCGCAGUGCAACUGUUAAGUCUCAUUCAGUUGGUUCACAGAAUGGAAAGGACUGUGGCCUGACCUUCAUGCUUUAGGGAUUACUGGUGAAAAUGGGCGUCAUGCUAUCGUAGAAGGUUACAAGGAUGAAAUGAACAAGGGAACUCCAUAGUGGACCGACUCAUUUGAGACUGUUGGAUACUGGAGGAGGACAGGAUGAUGAACAUAUUUGAAGGAAACAUACUCAUGCUGAAUCACACUUUGAUUCAGUUAAAUUGUAAUUUCUCCAUUGGCUGACAGAGUAAUGAUGUCAUAUGGGAUAAGGGGCUUCUCAUCAGUUUGAACAAAAACCUGUUGAACUUGAAUCAGUAAAUUUAUAUGGGUAGCACACAGGCUACACUCUGUACAGUAGUAGUGAAUGAUGUAAGCAUCUUUGAGCUGAACUAAAACUAUUGGCCUUUUCUUUGUGAGUGACCUCAAUUAGCUGAGAAUAUUAUCUCAAAUAGCUGAGCAUCUUAGUAUUGUAUGUGAAGAAAAAAAGCUCACCCUGUUACAUGUACAUCCAUAGUUCUGUGGCCUUAUGGACAGAGAAUAUGAUGGAGACUUGAGGAAAAUAUAGCGUAAUGUUAAUACUUGGAAUAUGGUGUAUAGCACACCAGUGGUGAUGCUACUGAUGCACUGAUACUGACACUGAUAUCAGUAUUGAUGCUGAUACUGGGCUAAAUUAGAGUAGCCUGCUAAUAUCAAAGAUUUUAUCCAAGACUAAUUUCCAAUUCCAAAAGCCCUGAGUAAUUAGUUAGGAAUAAAAGCAAACUGUCUUGAUUUUUGCAUUUUUUGGUGCACAGAAGCCUGUAUUCCUCACAUCAUGGGAAAAGAAGGAUUUUAUAUCAAUAAUUUUAUCCACUGACCCCAAGGUAAUGGUCCAAGCCUACACUGUGGAGUGAAAGUGGUGGUCGAUACUGAACGUUUAAUUCUGGGUGCUGGCACUAACAUUGAAAAAGUGGUAUCAGUGCAUUCCUACUUGAUGCUCCUCAUUCAGUAUUUGUGGACAUGAACAACUCCCUCCCAGUGCUACUGAGCUAAUGGAUCUGUGUAAUCCGCAGUGUCAUCAAGAUGUAUUUGUAGCUGCGCAAAUCAUGAGGACUUGAGACUGACUUCAUUAAGAAUGGCCUUCUUACACCUAACGAGCCUCAUUUUAUGUUAGUGAUAGUCCUAAUCAAUUUUACCAAUUUUUUCAAACGCCUAGUACUUCACACUUUCCUCCCGCACGUAGUCAAAACUUUCAUCUUUUCCACUUCAUUCUCAGGAGGGAUGUGUCUCAGAGUAAUAUCAGAGCUAUUUGAAUAGAACAUCCUCUUUUCUGUUUUAUGGCUGACUUAAACUGUAAGUGAUAGGACAUAAAGAACUGACUACAUAACGCCACCAUUCACACUAUGUCCUAUAUUUACUGAUCUAUGUAUAAAUGUUAAUGACACUAUAUGAAAAUAUGGUAAACAGACAUUCCACAAGAUGAUUCAGCUCAUUGUGCAAACCGUAGUCUGUCUCCGUCACUCCUGCUGCAGCUGAUGAUGGAAUGAGACCUUUUACUGAAGAAUGUUUUCUUAACGAGAGUGGGAGAUCCACUUUUCAAGCAUCUCAUUACUUUAGGUGAUAGCUACAAAUGAAGAGAGAUGGGACAAUAGGCAGAGAAAUGCCACGGCAUUAGGUGAGCUUUGCUUUUAAUUCAUGCAGUUUUGGAUGCGUGGUGCUGUAUGCUCAUUACCAGGCACAGCCAUCACAGUCCACUUCAUGUUUCUCGUGUACCUACAGUGUGAUGGAGCUACUCUCUCUGACCAAUCUCACUUAAGGGACUGAGGACAUCAGUGUGUGGGCAGAUUUUAUGUGAGCACAUUUAUCUUCUUUGACUUGGCAGACAGCGGGCUAGUCUGUGAAUAAAUGCGACCAGGGAUUGAGGAAUGGAGUUUUGAGGCUGUUAAGACUCCGGGGGUGGGAUGGGGUUAUCCUGCUUAUUCUGUUUACAAGGGGGCCGGAAGACGAGCAGCAAGAUCACAGUUGAGCAACUCAUUAUAAUUCACAUCUCAGUGGAGGUCAGCAGCAAGGCCGCCUUGAAACUAUCUCAUCAACUAGCAAGGCCUUUACCAGCGACCUGCCUUUAUGUACUGGAGCAACAUGUGUGAUGCAUGGUGUGUGUGUGUGUGUGUGUGUGCAACAUGGGCACCAGAGGAGACACGAGGACAAGAGCAUAUGUCUUCAUCAGUCCAGUGUACUCAGUGGAUUUUAAAUGCUGCUUUUGUAAAGACACUCCCAUGUGGUCCUUUCUUCACUUUGUGUUCAAACAAAAUGGUGUUAAAGUUUUAUCUGUUUACUUUUACUGAACCAGUGUUACAAAUUCGACACAAUUUGUGCAAUAUUCUCAGAUGUACAUUGAUAAUAUUGAAGAAAAUGUAUAGAUGUUAAUCAGAAUCUAGCACUGAAGGCUCAUAAUGGUACAUGCUAAUAUGAUGGAUAUACCAUGAUUUGUCAUAUCUGUCUCUAAUUAUGGAGGAAUAUUUUAUGUUUUGAUAGGUUGAGUGACAGAAAGCAGUGUUAGUAUCACAGUUGAACGCGUACAUGGAUCCAGUGCAGUUGGUGUUAUCUGCUCUAUUGUUGUAAAGUCAAAAUGCAUUUCCAUGAAACAUGAGAGGAAGAAAAUAAAGCUUUGAAAAUAAAGUGUGGAGCCUCAAAAGAAGCCGUUAAUAGGUCUUCCCAACACAAGCGCAAUAUUGACACCUCAAAUACCAUAUAAUACCUGGUAUGUCCCAGCAGAGUGAGGGAAAUGUCAAAGCCUCUCUCUCUCUCUCUCUCUCUCUGUCUCUCUCUCAACAAUUGCAUUUGACAUGAAGAAGUUCAAGUUCACAUAUUUAACGAUGUGUGAAUUAAUCAAGCAUUUUCUUAUCUUAUAGUGAUUUUGUCAACAGCGUACUAUAAUUUAAAAUAACUUUAAACAGCAACAGUUGAUAUGUUGAACUGGACUGAAAAGUAUGUC